UAUUACGCAAUCAAAACUCUGUGUGUAGCAGAUCUCGGGAGAGAGGGACAGUGUUUGGUAGAACCCGACGAUGGAUAGCGUUACAAGAAAACCCCUUCCAUCCAAAGGUGUUCAAAGCUUUACACUUGUCAUCAUUUCGACGACUUUUUUAUCCUCUGUGUUACUUGGGAUAUUCCUCUGGCGAAUGUAUUUACGCUGGACCGUAAAAUGCAAGAGCGAAAAUCGUUUAGACGGAAAAACUGUUCUUAUUACAGGUGCAACUUCUGGAAUAGGAAAAGCAACUGCACACGAGCUGGCCUUGCGUGGAGCAAGGGUGAUCCUGGCAUGCCGCAAUCAGCAGCUGGGAGAAGCUGUAGCCAGAACCAUUAGUAAAAAGACGAGGAAUGGCGACGUCCUGGCCUUGUACCUGGAUCUCGCCAGUCUUCAAUGCAUCCGUGAUUUCGUAAAGCAGUUCAAGGAAAAAGAAAACAAACUGAACAUUCUAAUUAACAAUGCUGGAUAUUUUGGUCCGAAGGCAGCUACAGUAGAUGGGUACGAGAGGACAUUCGGGGUCAAUUACCUGGGACACUUUUACCUGACUUACCUUUUGCACGACCUGCUAAUGAAAAGCGCCCCCUCCCGAAUAAUCAACCUCUCGUCCAAUUACUACGUUAAAGGGAAUCUAAAUUUCAAUGACUUGCCAUUGGUCAACUACGAAAUGAUGGAUGCCUACAGUAGGAGCAAGCUGGCUAUUAUGCACUUUACAGUGGAGGCACAUCGAAUGUGGUCAUGGGAAGCCAUAUGGACGUUUUCUGUACAUCCAGGUUGCGUAGCAACAAGCGUACUGAGGCGGUAUCCGGGUCUGUUUGGUAAGAUUUUACGUGCGUUUUCGGCAUUUAUGUUUAAGUCUUCAGAGGAUGGAUGUCAGACUGUUGUAUACUGUGCCGUAGCGGAUGGACUGAGGGAGGAGUCUGGGAAGUUCUUUGAAAACUGUAGAGUCGUUCCUACCAAGGACUACGUGAGAGAUAAAGCCGUCUGCAAAAAACUUUGGCUCCUCAGUCUCCAUUUGUGUGGAUUAGAUGAAACGCAUCCCGAGAAUAAAUUGCAAUCCGCCGCCACCAACAGUUUAUCAAACAGCGAAACUGAAGCGGGGUCGGUGAACCGAAGACAGAUGGUCAAAGAAACAAAUAGCCUAUCGGAUCGUUAAAAAUAUGUUCCAUAGGGCAAAGAACUUUUCAUUUUGUUCAAGCCAGUUUAUGGUACUCUGGAAAUGAAGUGUGAAGCGCCUUCAUCUAUUUGAUUAAUUAACACCGUCCAUUUCUCUCUAUAAAUCACAGGUUAGCUAAAGUUAUUAUAAUCAUGCAAGAAAUCUUUGAAAUUCCAAUUGUUUAUUGGGUACAGACCCACAGAAGACAGUUCGGUACUUUAUUAAAAAGCUUAAAUUAUAUAAGAGUUUUCUAUCAUUUCUUAAACUCUAAUAGGAAGAUUGACUUAGUGCCAUGUUUUGAAAUUGAAGCAAAUGUGUGAAGGCCUACCACGUUAGAGAUUAAGAGAUUCACGUAUACACUAAUCAUGAUGCCAAUUUCCUGUCUGGUUGUUUUUCAGCCUUAGAAUUUUGGGUUAAUAAACCCUCGGUUAUUUAAAUGAUUUAGAUAAAGGAAUGUGUUUUGUUUGUGUUUCUUUGCCGCUGUUACAGACGACGUUUAGAAGUACGUUCACGUGUGGAUAUCCUAUCGGACGUUAUCUUAAGCCAGUAAAACAAUGUUCAACUUCUAAGAUUCCAUAAGGGAUAUAGCCAGAGUGGUGUUUUUAUUGUUGCCGACAGUUUUAUUAAAAAUAAAAAGCAGAUAAUGUGAA